AUGAGUACGUCGCUUACCAUUGGAAUAGCUCUCAAGUACCACCCAGACAGAAACCCCGGAAGAGAGGUCGAAUUCAACGCCAAGUUCCAAGCCAUCCAAGCCGCCAACGAAAUCCUGAGUGACCCCCAGCAACGAGUCAAAUACGAUACCGAUCGUCUGCGUGCAGGCUACGGGAAAAAUUACGGUCCGGCUAGGGCGAAUACCCAGCGCAAGACACAAACGCCCAGCUAUCCUCCUCGCCCUACAGCAACUCCCACGCCAUCGGCGGGCGCGCAAUAUACCAAAACUCCACCAAAUGGUCCAUCGGCUGGCGCACGACGAUAUGCUUCUCAUGCGCGUGCAGGUCCGCAGCAAUGGAAGCCCAAUGAUAAUGCGCAAACAAGGGCGGAUGCUUUCAAGGGAUUCAGCAAUAUGAGAGGUGGCCCGCCAGGCGGAUGGCAGGGCUUUGAUCCUUCAACUGGCCGAGCUUCGGCUGGCACACCAGGGCCAGGCGCCCAGCGCCAGCCGUUCGGGGCUUCUGCGCAGUCCACUCGGCCAAAGUCUGCCUUCGAGACUUUUAAUACGCACUCACACAGUACGAAGAAGAAGCAGGGCUUUGCGCCAGGCGCCGCCGGGGGAGACGAGCCCAUGGCCCGCAAUACCUCUGCCUACAGUAGCAGCAGUCGGACUGAACGACCAAGUAGCCAAUACUACGAACCUGCGCCGCCUCCAACUGCGAAAAAAUCGUCUGACCCCGAGCCCAAGCGGCAUUCAUACACCCCGGAAUAUGAACGAUCAAGUAGAAGCUACGCUCAGGCAGGCAAGGGCGAGAAAACGUUCUUUUCAAGCUCCGGGUUAGGUCGUUCCCAGACCAUGCGAGACCCCUCAGGAACAACCCGCACGAAUGUCAAUGCCAAUACGUCUAGUCCCGCAUCAGCUCGUUCUGGAAGGCAUCGAAGUGCCAGCCCGAAGGCCAGAAGAAACACCAACAAUUAUGACUAUACCAGUUCAAGUGAAUCCGAGGAUAUGCCGAAGCCCAAGGCAAAGGCCGUGCCCAAGAGCCGACUGAGGCCUCACCAAAACUUUGCAGACUUCCAUCGCCAACAGACUCAAAGCCCUAAAAACGGUAGGCGUUCCCUGCGUUACGAUAACCUGCAUCUACGCCCCCGUGCCCACUUUCACCGAGACCCGGCCCAGGAUCCCGUAUACGUGAUUGUGACCAUGUUAUCUUACACGAAAUCCAAGGCCAUGCGUGAAUACCUCCUGGGCCUUCUCAAUAACACCCACCUUCAAGACAAAAACGCUGACAAAAUCGAUCCCAAAGGACACGCCUCGGACAGUGCAGCAUUCCCGAAAGCCCCAUUUCAACAGACUCAGUAUCCUAAUUCGACAGGUUCUUCCUCUUCCAUCAAUGCUGAAACGGGAAUUUCCCCGGAACCUCCUGAGCGACCUCACACCACAGCAUUCGGUCGUAGCAGCACAAGUGACUUGCACAAGAAGUUUUCGGCAGAGGACUGGCGCAAACACAUCGAGCAAUUCGAUUUCAUCGGGUCUGGUUCGCCAACCAGAGAACAUCCAUCCAAGUCACCUGGGUCACAAAGCCGAGGCCGGGCCGGCCAACGAAACACAAACCCACCUCCAGUGUAUAACCAGAGCACAGCGCAACCGCAACAGUCCGACAGAUCUCAACCUACACAAAAGCCCACACCCUUUGCACAAGCCAAGUUCUCCGCAGAUUCAUGGUCUGAGCAGCUUCGAAAUCUGUCUUGGACAGCUCCAGAGGCUGAAAAGGCCCGCCAAACAGCCAACUCUGUACCGCCUCGGAGUCCUAAAAAGCCGACCAGAUCGGGCACCAAGGUGCGGAGCGCUCCGCAGCCGGCAAGUGUUGCAAGUGAAGCAGACGAGGCCAAGGACACGAUCAAUGGACACGCUCAGCAUGCUCCGCCGGCUCCUGCAGCGCCUGACGCUGGGGUGGAGGAGAUGGACAUCGACGAAGACCUCCCUGCUCCGCCGAAUUCACCACCUGUUCCGAGCCAGGUUCCCAUUGGCAGAUCAAGCAGUGGAAGCCAUCCCGAUCCAGCUUCCCACCCCUUACCAGAAUCACCGGCCAAGAAACCCAAACCUCCUCCACGGACUGAAAAGUCCACCCCCAUCUCACCCCCACGUCCGGCUCUAUUCAACCUGGGCAACCUCCGCAAUGCCGGUCCAUUCGGCAACACUACCAAUGGAGGAAUUGAAAACCUCGCAGACAUCCAUACGACCCUCCCAUUCGACUCCCAAGCCAAACAGCAAGCAACGACAGAACGUGACAUCCAACCCCGUGACCUCAAACUCCCCAGUCCCCCCAGACGCCCCUGGGCCCCCACACCCGUCUCAAUAUCAGGCUCCACCCCGAUCAUCCCCCGCGAAAAAUGGAACUGGUACGUCUCCGCAAUGGGUGCAUACAUGCACGAAUGGAACGUCUUCAACCGCCGCAUGCUCCUCCACCUCAACUCGCGCCAAGAAGCGAACGAGACCGGCCUCGCCCGGGGCUGGAUCAGUGCCGUCGGCGACUCGGUCCGAUUGAAGAUCGACGCCGACGACGACCUCACUGACAAGACGGGGAUUGACCCGGAUGCCAAUGCUUCUGACGAAUUCCUCGUCCCUGGCUCUGCCAAGGGUGGGUUCAGCGCUUAUCUUCGUGGCGUGGAAGAGGAUGUCGUCGUGCGGAAGCAUUGGGAUGUUGCUUCUGAGCUGCAUCGUGAAUGUAUACUUGAUCUCGGACGCAUCAGGGAGUGGAUCCGAAAUGGAGGGAAAGUCGUCUAG